AUGCGCGAAGUGAGCGACGCCGACGCACAGAAGGCAUUCGAUUGGUUCGUUGCCGAGGGAAUGCAGUUUCACUUUGGCACGAACGACGCGGAAGAUCUGACCGAAGCACAAGUGCUGGAGCAGUGCCGCAUGUAUAUUGCCGCGGUUCGUUUGGCCGAUCACUUCGGCUGCGAGACGAUCGGCAUUCAGUACCAGCAAGGGCUGAAAGACAUGACCCCGGCCAGUGACUUGGUCGAGGGAACGCUCAACAGCACGCAUCGCCCCCCGGUGUUCGAUCGGGAUGGUCAGCGAGAACUGUUUGCCGGACAAAGCAUCCCUCACUUCAACGAAGUGGACGAAUGUGCGGGGCUCGAUGCGGUUCUCAUUCAACGUAUUCACAAGCAGCUAAAUCAGCCGGUUGAAACGACGCUGCAUGAUCUUCGCUGGGGCUGCCCCGACGCGUCAGGCACCACCGACGAUUACGUCUGGGUGUUCGAGAUCUCGGGCUCGGCACCUGCGGAACAUCUCGGGGGCUGGAAACAGUGCCACGGGUAUCGCCAGCCGCCAAUGUACUUCCCCAAGGGUGGUUCCACACUGUCAGGCAUUUCCAAACCAGGCGAGAUUGUUUGGUCGCGUAUCUACGUCGCGGACGACGCACUGCACAUGGAUCUCGGGCGUGGCGAAUCGAUUUCUUUGCCGGCGGAAGAAACGCAGCGUCGGCUCGACGCGACGACAUCGGUUUGGCCGAUCAUGCAUGGAGUGACCUACGGCGUGACGCGCGAUCAGAUGAUGGCCAAACAUCAAGCGAACCAUGUGCAAGUGGUGUACGCGAACGACGCGGCCGCCGCUGAUGAAGCCAUGUGGACGCGAUGGCACCCCUUGGAAGCACGGAGCGUAACGAUGGCGGCGAGUCACUUUAUUGGCGUCGAUGUCGGUACCGGAAGUGCACGAGCCGGCGUGUUCACCACCGACGGAAAGAUGCUCGCUUCGGCGGUUCAAGUCAUCACCAUGUUCCGCCCCAAAGCGGACUUUGUCGAGCAAUCUUCCCGCGACAUUUGGCGAGCCGUUUGUCACUGCGUGAAGACUGCCAUCGCCGAGGCCAACAUCGACGCCGCUUCGGUGAAGGGGAUCGGCUUCGAUGCGACAUGCUCGUUGGUUGCUACCGACGCCGACGGAAAUCCGGUCACUGUCAGCCCUGAUGGAAACGACGAUCAAAACGUGAUUGUCUGGAUGGAUCACCGCGCCAAAGAGCAAGCCGCGCGGAUCAACGAAGGGGAGUAUUACGACGUGCUGAAGUACGUCGGCUAUAAGAUCUCGCCCGAGAUGGAAACCCCGAAGCUGUUGUGGCUGAAAGAAAACCUCCCGCAAACAUGGCAGCGUGCCGAGAAGUUUUUCGACCUGCCUGACUUUUUGACCUAUCGCGCGACGGGGGACGAGACGCGUUCGCUUUGCAGCACCGUCUGCAAAUGGACCUACCUCGCCCACGAACAGCAUGCCGGCGGAACUGGCCGCUGGGAUACCUCUUAUUUCCAAGAGAUUGGCCUGGAAGAUCUAGCGGAAGAGAACUUUCGUCGAAUCGGUCAAACCGUGCAGCCGAUGGGCGCCCCAAUCGGCAGCGGCGUGAAUGCCACCGCCGCCGCGGAACUGGGCGUACCGGUAGGAACGGCCGUUGGUGUGUCGAUCAUUGACGCCCAUGCUGGUGGGAUCGGAAUGAUUGGUGCGGCGCUGGAAGGCGUUUCGCCAAGUGCCAGCGACUUGGAGCGACGCCUGGCCCUGAUCGGCGGGACAUCAAGCUGCCACAUGGCGGUCUCGGCCGAACCACGAUUCAUUCAAGGGAUUUGGGGCCCGUACUACUCGGCCAUGAUUCCCGGAAUGUGGCUGACCGAAGGAGGCCAAUCGGCGACUGGAGCGUUGAUCGACUUUGUCAUUCAGAAUCAUGGCGCGUCGGCCGAACUUCAGCAGCAAGCCGAAUCCUCAGGGAAAAGCGUCUACGAAGUGCUGAACGAUCGACUUGAUACGCUGGCCGAAGGAAAGAGCGUACCGGCUUCGCUGACCCACGAACUGCAUGUGUGCCCUUACUUCCACGGCAACCGAUCUCCCUGGGCCGAUCCUUCCCUGCGCGGCAUGGUCAGCGGAUAUGCACUUUCGGCAACGCUGGAUGACUUGGCGCUGUUAUACCUGGCCACCAUUCAGGCAAUCGCCUACGGCACGCGGCACAUCAUUUCUGAGAUGAACAUCGCCGGCUAUCGGAUCGAUACCAUCUUUGCGUGCGGCGGUGGGACGAAGAAUCGUGUCUUCCUGCGCGAGCACGCCGACAUCACCGGUUGCCGCGUUGUGCUGCCGAAAGAGCCGGAAUCGGUCCUGUUAGGUAGCGCGAUGCUAGGAGCGGUCGCAUCAGGCGAGAAGCAAGACCUGCUGGAUGCGAUGGCAACGAUGAGCGCCGCCGAGACAAUUCUUUCGCCCACCCGCGGCGCGACCGAGACGUAUCAUCAAGCGAAGUACGACGUGUUUCACCGGUUGCACGACGAUCAGUUGGCCUAUCGAAAGCAGAUGCAAAACGCGCCGCAAUAA